GGACUAAAAGGACCUGUUACAGUUUUUGAUUUUUGGCCUUAUUAUUCAAAAUUUUCAAUGCAAAAAGAGUGCUAAGAAGAGAGGAAAAACUUCAAGACAGGAUGGGAUAUAUUCAUACUACUGGAUUCUGUUUUCUGUUGAUUUUCAUAGCAAUGUGCCUUUCUUCUCCCAGUAACAUUGAUUCAUCAAUAUAUGAAGAGGGGAGAAAACAGUUUGCAGUCAUACAGCAUAAUUCACAAAUGCCAAAAUAUGGUAUCUGCUGGAAAAAUGCGAUGGUGAAAAUACAAAAUGGAUGUAAGAAAUUAACAGAUGACGUUCAGAGUCGUUUAGCUUUAGCAUAUUUGAACUGUUUUUUAACUAUUCAAGGUCGACAGACAUAUGAAUGUGAGCAGGAUGAUGUCAUCGAAAAGUGCACACAAGACAUGGCUGAUGUAGAUAGAGGUUCAUUCACAACAAUGUUUACGCACACCCAAAACAUAUGCUACUUUCUCGAAGCCCAAAUAUGGCAUGAAGAAAUGGAUUUAACCAUAGAUAGGUUAUCUAAUAGUUCAUCGCGUGUGGGUCAACAGCUUGAGGAAUCAUUUCGUAUGCAAAUGGAUAUGAUCGAACAACAGAAUGAAAGUUUGAAAAAUCAACAAAAAAUAAUUAAUCAGGCGUUAGAUUUAAGAGUUCUGAUCAAUGAUGUGUUUGACAGAGUUUCGAAACUGCAAUCCUUAGUGCUCGGAGAGUUUUCUGGAUUUUAUUCUAUAAUUUAUUACCUCUUUUCUAUUAUUUUAUGUUACCUGUUGACAUCAACACCCCGAACCAGUGGUGCUCGGUUCUGGUUGUUUGGAGUUAUGACUGUGAACAUGUUAUUAGAACAGAUGAUUAUCAUUUAUGUGCCAGAAAUAUUUAUUACAGAUUUCCCUAUUUUUAAGGAUGAAGAGGAAUUGAUAUUUUCUUCACAAAGAUUUCUCCGAAAGAUUUCUGCAGCAACUGCUAUAGUAAUACUUACAGUUUUUGCGUGUAAAUACCAAGAUAUUAGUGUUUUAAAUAGUCAGUUACUAAUUGAAAUUCGAAAGCAAAAUUCAGAUAUAAAAAGAAUGUUCCAAGGUGUUCCAUCUCCAAAUCAAGGAAGCAACUCAUAUAAACCAUAUGAUUAUCCUGAUUCAAGAGAAUUGAAUUCAGUUGCAGUGGACUCUACUACACAAAAUAGUGAUAAUAGUGUCAGCGGGUAUAGUAGUGAUACAUCUGUAUUAAGUACGGGUGACACAGAUAAAACAUUUUCAUUACUCGAAGAGGCUGAUGAUGAUGAUACAACCAACUGUGAAUCGGAUAGUUAUGUAACUGUGACAACUGAUGCAGCAAAUCAGUCUUUACUCAAUGAACUUAAUGAUAUUCGUAACUCUACCCCUAUCAGACAGUUAUCCAACCAAUUGGCUUCCUGGAUUGAUACUGGCUUCUUUAACUUUACCAAUGAGAAAGGGGACCCUGAACCAGUAGCUUCAACUUCGGAAACCAUCAUAAAACCAAGGUAUAACUUACGUACUAGGAAAGUGCCUUCAUCUAAUCCUACAAUAAAUACAGAAUCUCCUAAAAGCUUCCAAAAGACAGUGAAAAAUAUGGAAAAAAUAUCUCGUAGAAAUAAUAGAUUAACACAAGCCAUGAUGAAGAGGAAACAGAAUUUAUCCCAGUAUUCAGAUAACUGAUUCAAUUAUAUUGGCAUUUAUUUCACAUGGUUCAUUAUAAUGUGCUUGUAAACAUGUUUGUAGAAAUUUAAUGAACUUGUACAUUUAUAUCAUUAGAAUAUGUAUGGUAUUCAGUUUUAAAGAUAAAUUAUUCAAGAGGAAAAUUUGCCUAUCGCAAGUCUUUCUUGAGGCCUUAAAUGUUAUAUACAUUUUUAUAGCCCACAUUUUCAUGUGGACGUAUAUUGUUCUUGCCCCUGUCCAUCCGUCCACAAUUUGUUUGUGGACACUCUAUAGGUCACAAUUGUUUUUUGAUUUUGACGAAAUUUAUAAUAUAGGUCAAUCUCCCAAAGAUCUUGGUACCUUUCGAUAUUGGCAUUUAUCGGACCAUAACUUCAUGGAUUAUGGCCCCUGAUUGUACAAAAAAUUAUGUUUUUAGCUUGUGGACACUCUUAGAGGUAGGGUGGCCCGUGCACCGUACAGAAAGUUGGUCUUGACACGGCGAAUGUACAGUUUUCAGUGGCUUAUCUUGAACUGAUUUCUUGCAUACACUACGCACUAUGAUAACACUCGGCGGAAGAGUCUAUGAUACUAUAAAUAGCUAUCGCACGUGCAAUUCUCUACACAUCUAUCAACUAUUACAGCUGUAAUAAAAUCUAUUGUUGACGAUUCUGAAUAGCAGUAAUAUUUAGCUUAUUGGUUAUUACAGGAGCUUUAGAAAUUACCUUUGUUUUAUUUUUAUACGCCCACAUUUUCAUGUGGACGUAUAUUGUCGUCGCCCCUGUCCGUCCGGACGUCUGUCCGUCCACAAUUUGUUUGUGGACUCUCUACAGGUCACAAUUCUUGUCCGAUUUUUACGAAACUUGAAAUAUAGGUUUAUCCCCAAAAGAUCUCGGCUGCUUUCGAUAUUGGCAUGUAUCGGAUUGAAACUUCGUGGAUUAUGGCCCCUGUUUGUUCGAAAAAUCACGUUUUUAGCUUGUGGACCCUAUAGAGGUCACAAUUUUUAUCCUAUUUUGUUGAAACUUGAAAUGUAAGUUUAUAACCCAAAAAUCUUGGUUCCUUUCGAUAUUCGCACAUAUCGGACUGUAACUUCCUGAAUUAUGGCCCCUGAUUGUACGAAAAAUCGCGUUUUUAGCUUGUGGACCCUAUAGAGGUCAUAAUUUUUAUCCGAUUUAAAAAACCGUAUUAUUAUAUCACCGUUACACCCUAAGGACAACUGAGUUCGGAUUUCGUGAAAAUCGGCCCAAAAUUGACAGACAAAAUGGCUGCCGUUCAUUCUCAAAUAGCGUAAAAAUAUGGUAUAUCAAGGUUGUGAACCCUAUAGAGGUCACAAUUUUUAUCCUAUUUUGUUGAAACUUGAAAUGUAAGUUUAUAACCCAAAGAUCUCGGUUCCUUUCGAUAUUCGCGCAUAUCGGACUGUAACUUCCUGAAUUAUGGCCCCUGAUUGUACGAAAAAUCGCGUUUUUAGCUUGUGGACCCUAUAGAGGUCAUAAUUUUUAUCCGAUUUAAAAAAACGUAUUAUUAUGUCACCGUUACACCCUAAGGACGACUGAGUUCGAAUUUCGUGAAAAUCGGCCCAAAAUUGACAGACAAAAUGGCUGCCGACAAAAUGGCCGCUGUUCGUUCUCAAAUAGCGUAAAAAUAUGGUAUAUCAAGGUUGUGGACCCUAUAGAGGUCACAAUUUUUAUCCGAUUUUUUGGAAACCUGAAAUGUAAGUUUAUAACCCAAAGAUCUCGGUUCCUUUUGAUAUUCGCGCAUAUCGGACCGUAACUUCCUGAAUUAUUGUCCCUGAUUGUACGAAAAAUCACGUUUUUAGCUUGUUGAACCAAUAGAGGUCAUAAUUUUUAUCCGAUUUAAAAAAACGUAUUAUUAUAUCACCGUUACACCCUAAAAACAGCUGAGGUCGCAUUUCAUGAAAAUCAGCCCAAAAUGUACAGACAAAAUGACCGCCAUUCGUUCUCAAAUAGCGUAAAAAUAUGGUAUAUCAAGAUUGUGGACCCUAUAGAGAUCACAAUUUUUAUCCGAUUUUGUUGAAACUCGAAAUGUAAUUUUAUAACCCAAAGUUCUCGGUUCCUUUCGAUAUUCGCGCAUAUCGGACUUUAACUUCCUGAAUUAUGGUCCCUGAUUGUACAAAAAAUCGCGGUUUUAGCUUGUGGACCCUAAAGGUCAUAAUUUUUAUCCGAUUUAAAAAAAUGUAUUAUUAUGUCACCGUUACACCCUAAGGACGACUGAGUUCGAAUUUCGUAAAAAUUGGCCCAAAAUUUACAGACAAAAUGGCCGCCGUUUGUUCUCAAAUAGCGUAAAAAUAUGGUUGUGGACCCAUUAGAGGUCACAGUUUUGAUCCGAUUUUGAUGAAACUUGAAAUACAUAUUUAUAACCCAAAGAUCUUGGUUCCUUUCGAUAAACGCACAUUUUGGAUCAUAACUUCCUGAAUUUAUGGCCCUUGAUUGUACGAAAAGUCGCGUUUUUAGGAUGUGAUCCCUCUAGAUGUCAUAAUUUUUAUCCGAUUUUAAAAAACGUUUCAAUAUAUCCCUGUCAAACCCUUAUGAUGGUUGAGUCUGAAUUUCGUACAAAUCGGACCAAAACUGCCGGACAAAAUGGCUGCCCCUCGUACGCAAAUAUUGUAAAUAUAUUGUAUAUCAACGUUUUGGACCCUCUAGAGAGUGGACACAAUUUUGAUCCGAUUUUGAUGUAACUUGAAAUACAUGUUUAUAACCCAAAGAUCUUGGUUCCUUUCAAUAUUCAUGCAUAUCGGAUUGUAACUUCCUGAAUUAUGGCCCUUGAUUGUACGAAAAAAUCACUUCUUUUUUUGAGCUUGUUCUCUGUCCAUCUCUUGCAAAAUGUGGGCGUAUCUUGCAUGGCAACCGCUUGUUUAAAUUGCUUUUAUCAUUAACGGUACAAUUAGGAGCGGCAUCUUUUGGUUUAGUACAAAUAAUAUCUCUGAAAUACUUGCGUUGGGCAAGAACAUGAUACUACCAGUAGUUUCAUUUUACUUUUAGAAGGUUCUUAAAACAAUUGUUGAGUUGCCCAACCUGCGUCUUUCUAAAUUCAAUUUAUUGUUCCAACUUUUUUGUGUAAUGUUUCGUAAAAAAGUAGUAUGAUUAUCCCGGCCUGUUAAUCAAACGUAGAAUGGUCGGUAGACGGGUUAAGCAAGACUACUUUCAAAACAAGGGCACGUAAAAUAAUUUUUACUCACAUGUGCUCGGAUGUUAUGGCCGACACUCGGAACCAUCUUUCAGUGUAUUAUUUAUCGAUGAUUAAAUGGUCAUAGCUUAUUAAGUACAGCAUGACCGUUUAUUUAGUGACUAUAAAUGUUUGAAGCUGAUUUAAGGCUUGGUGUAUAUAUAGAUAUUGUGGUGUAAUUGUCGAGAUAUUUGGAGAUAUUUAUUUAUGGUGGGGCACCCUAUUAGAGGUCACAAUUGUCCUCUGAUUUUGAUGAAACUUAAAAUGCAUGUUUAUGACCCAAAGAUUUUGGUUCCUUUUGAUAUUUGCACUUAUAUCAAGGUUGUGAACACUCAGGGAGGUCACAAUUUUGAUCUGAUUUUGAUGAAACAUGAAAUGCAUGUUUAUAUCCCAAAGAUCUUGGUUCCUUUCGAUAUUCGCGCAUAUUGGAUCGUAACUUCCUGAAUUAUGGCCCUUGAUUGUACAAAAAAUCGCUUUUUGUUUAGCUUGUUCUCUAUCCAUCUCUGGCAAAAUGUGGGCAUAUCUUGCCUGGCAGCCCCUGGUUAAUUAUACAUUUAUAAUGUAUCUACUCUCGAUGCCAUUUAAUCAUUUAAUUUAAAAAUGGUUAAGCAAGGUCAAGUCUCGAAUGAUUGAAUUUAAAAAUGGUUAAGCAAGGUCAAGUCUCGAAAGAUUGAAUUUAAAAAUGGUUAAGCAAGGUCAAGUCUCGAAUAUACCAGUACCGUGAUUAUGAUAAUACACAAUCAAUACACACAUCUUAUCAAAACUACAAACAGUAAUAACUUGGCUCAAAAUAAAGUAAUUUUAAUGAAGUUUUCAAUAUAUUCAUUAUCCAUUAUCUGUUUUUGAACUAUUAUAGCAAGAAUGGCCAGCUUUAUCAAAUUCUUAUAAUGUAUGUUUAACAAAGUGGUCAUUGUUAGAAUUUUUUUACAAAUUUAUGUCUAUUUUUAGCAAAUCUUUGUUGAUCAAUUAGAUUUUUCAAUUUUUUAAAUUUAUUAGUAAAUGAAAUUUUCAUGUUAAAAUAGUUGGCAUUUAAUUGUUGUGUGUUGCAGGUUAGAAUUUUACAUUACAUAUAUCUAUCUAUUUUUAUGAAAUUAAAUGGUGUUUAAAAUCCUACUAUCUAUUUUUAUACAUGUUCUCAUAAAAUAAAUGUUAUCUAUAGAUUAUUAGUCUAAUUCAGGGCUGAAAUAGCAAGCAAAGUGAUUAAUUCUAUGCUCUCACUAUGUACCUUUUUAGUAAAAUUGGACCUUCUUCAAUUUUAUACCUGGUAUUGUUUUACAGAUACUUUAAUAAUUAUGUAAAUUUCUUUGUGCAUCAUUUAGUCAAGUUGCUGUAUCUUUCAGCCAACAAAAAUGUCUUGAAUAGAUAAUGUAUAAAAAUUGUGUAUUCAGUCGUGCACAGAAGAUAAGAAAACAAAUGAAAAUAUUAACAAAACUUUUCUUUCUUGUUCCCAAAGUUAUCCAACAAAAAAAGGAUACCAUGUUGUUUUAAAGUAAUUUAUGAAUGUUGUUUCAUGUCUGCAGCAUACUGUUCAAAAAAGAGUUGAAUCUGUCAUUGACAUAGGUCUUUUGUUGUCAAAGCCACAGAUCGUCCGUUGCAAUUUUUCAAACAAUAUCUAAUUUUGCACCGCGCAAUCAAUAGAGAUAAUCUACUGGCUUGGAUCCACUCUAAUAAUAAAAGAGGCUCAUCAAAAGAUUUAAGCCAAGAUAAUAGGUGAUGUCUUUUCCUGUUUAUAUUGUCCGCAUCUGGUUAUUAAUGAAUAGAAACCAACCAUUUUGUCAAGUACAACCUGGGAAUCGAAACCCUGCCAGUUGACUCAAUGACAGACCGUAUGAUACAGCGCAACAGCGCAGCGCGCACAUGCUAACCAUUUGGCCAUCCGCCCCCCCUCAAUAGAAAGAACAUAUAGGUUGGACAUGCAGGGAAAAAGAAAAACACAAAACAUUGUUAACAAUAUGUGUGUCUAGUUAUGAUAUAGAUAAAAUGAAAUGGAGUUUAACAUCCUACUGUUGGCUCCAACUGGGCUGAUGAAGACGGGCAUACGCUUACAGUGUGCUAUGAGGGGAAUUUUGUCUGGGCAGCAGACAUCCAAACAACUAGACAGCUGUCCUUGUCAGACCCUCCAUCCUGCACCACUGAAAAGAGGAAACCAUGUCCAAUCCUGAUUAAAUUUUAUCGGUCAAUGCAGGGAUUGAAGACGCGACCUCCAGGGUAGCAGGCCAGCGUCUUGCGCCACUGUGGAUCCUAUAUCAGAUGAAUAACAUCAAAUAUUAUUAAAUGUAAAAUCAGCUUUAGCCUUACCAAUUAAUACUGUUUGUACAGCCCACACAUACUACAAUCUGAUUAAAAUACAGAUCUAUAUUUCGUUGUAUAUUGUCGUCGCCCAUGAGACAAAGAAGCCUAUUGAUUUUCAGCGAUUUCGGAUAAUUACUGCCAGAGUUAUGGCCCUUGAUCACUUCAAAAAAUCUUGUGUACCCUCUAGAGGCCAAAGUUAAUAUCCGAUUGACUAAAUUAAUAGAGUGUUUAAGGUCAUGAGACAAAGAAUCCUAUUGAUUUCCGAUAAUUAAUGACAGAGUUAUGGCCCUUGAUCACUUCAGAAUAUCUUGUGAACACUAUAGACUCCAAAGUUAAUAUCUGAGACGAAGAAGCCUAUUGAUUUUCAGCAAUUUCCGAUAAUUACUGCCAGAGUUAUGGCCCUUGAUCACUUCAAAAUAUCUUGUGGCUAAAGUUAAUAUCCGAUUGACUUUAAAUUUAUACGCAGUGUUUGAGGUCAUGAGACGAAGAAUUCUAUUGAUUUUCAACGCUUUCCGAUAAUUACUGCCAAAGUUAUGGCCCUUGAGGCUCAAGAGGCUUAUGUUAUCAUCCAAUUGACAUCAGACUGAUACACAGAGUUUAAGUUUUUUUAAAUCAGAUAAUAAUUGUGACCUCUAGAGGGAACACAAGCUAAAAAGACGAUUUUUCGUACAGUUAAGGGCCAUAUUUCAGGAAGUUACGAUCCGAUUUUAGCAAAUAUCAAAAGGAACCAAGAUCUUUAGGUUAUAAACAUGUAUUUCAAGUUUCAUCAAAAUCGGAUCAAAAUUGUGAGCUCUAGCCUGGGAAUAUAUGUCCACAUGAAAAUGUGGGCGUAUAAAAACCUAAGUUACUUGUUUGUGCUGUUGAAAAGCUUUUAGUUCCAGACUUUAAUUUUCAUUUUCAUUGUCCAGGCAGCAAUUUAAUUCCAUUAUAUAAUAAAUGUA